CGGUGGGUGAAGUAAGGUCUUUUGUAACCGCCUCUGUCUUUGGGAAAGAGAGGAGAGAGGAGGAAGACUGGAGCGGAGAGGGGGACGCCGGACCGUGCUGCAGGAGAGGAGCUGAGAUUUGAUCUCGCUUGUGCGUUUAGCAGGGAGAAGCGGACCACAUGGAUUUCUAAACACGCUGGGAUUUUAUACAGCUACAAAAAUAACAACGACCGAACCUGACCCUACUGAAAACAGUCAAAUGAAUCGUAAUUGCAGAUCAAUGCAGAGAGAUGGGGAAACUUCACUCGAAACAUGCUGCCGUUUGUAAACCCCGAGAAAGUCCAGAAGGUGAUAGUUUCGCGGUGAACGCCUCUCUGGCUCGCAAAGGGCUGGAGGACUGGAUGGUGAAGCAGAAAUACUCCGGGGGCAGCAGCAGCGGAGGCAGCAGCUCGGGACUCCCGCAGGGCUGCCAGCACCGGGCUGUUUGCAGGCUCUCCAGCGCCAGCAGGGAUUUGUCUGGGGAAGGCUACAGAGACACUAUUGGUGAUGAACACUUUCAUCUAGAAGUGGCUUUGCCUCCAGAGAAGACAGAUGGAGUUUGCAGUGGAGAUGAAAAGAAAGCAGAAAAAGAAAGUGACACACGCACAGGUUCCAAGAAGCAACUGAAAUUUGAAGAAUUGCAAUGUGAUGUGUCUGUAGAGGAAGAUAACAGGCAAGAAUGGACCUUCACACUGUAUGACUUUGAUAACAACGGAAGAGUCACACGUGAGGAUAUUACCAGCUUGCUUCAUACCAUCUAUGAGGUAGUUGAUGCAUCAGUAAACCAUUCUCCUAGUUCCAGCAAAACUCUGCGAGUGAAACUUACUGUGGCACCAGAUGGCAGCCAGAAGAAGAAGAGUAUCUUGUUAAAUCAUACUGAUUUGCAGAGUGCCAGGCAUAGAGCUGAAAGCAAAGCUAAUGAAGAAGUAAGAAGCUCUGAGAAGAAGCAGCGGGCUUCUCUCAGAUAUCACCAGAGUGAGAACAAUCCAGAGCAAAGUGGGUGCUAUCGUCAUUGUGUUGAUGAGAACAUUGAAAGGAGAAACCACUAUUUGGAUCUUGCAGGAAUAGAAAACUACACAUCAAAGUUUGGGCCAGGAUCUCCUCCAGCAGCUCAAAAACAUGACCCACCAAGCAGAGUUGUGAAUCAGACUAGAUCGCGUUCUCAUGAACCUGAAACCUUCCAUGCUCACCAUAGGAAAUCUCAAGUGGUGGAUCCGAGCCACAUCAAUCUGGCUGAGAGUUCGUAUGCCAAGAUUGCAGAAAUCCAACAGAGGCUCCGGAACCAGGACUCAAACAAGCACUUUGUGAGGUCUCCCAAGGCCCAGGGCAAAAACGUUGCCCCUGUGCAUUCUGGAAGGGCAGUAAGAAAUAAACCUUUUCAAGGGGCACCCGUGCCAAUGGCUUCCCCAACUGCACGGGUGGGUCACAAUCUUCCUUACCUCCCCUUGCAAUCUCAGCAGGUUCACAAGAAGCAUAAGCAGAGAGCGAAGGAGAAUCAUCAAAUGUGCAAAACCUUUCAGUCUCCAGGGACAGUUGUGGAAAAGGAGCAUGUGAGAGACCUGCCCACAGUCAUUUUAUAUGAAGGCCAAGUUGGACAAAUGAUACAAAGACAUGAACACCACCACCACCACGAGCACCACCACCACUACCAUCACUUCUACCAGACAUAAAACAGAUCCCACCAGCAUCCUCCAAGAAUCAUCCCAUAUGAAGGAAAUGUGUUCUCGUGAUACCAGAACUAAGGCAUUACUAUGAUUAAUAUUAUUGUUACUCCAUUAAUAUUCAGCUAGCAUAUAUUUUAGAGGUUAUAUGGAACUCUUGAAACUUACCCUAUUUAUAUGUUGUGGAACUGCAUAGCUUACUUAAACACCUUGUGGAUUUUUUUUUUUUAAAGUGGCUUGUAAAACAGCAAACAGCCAUAGCUUUUUGAGCUGUGAUUUAAUACAGGUCGUCAACGCACUUCUUUACAAGUACUACUUCCAUUGUAGUAGGAAAGAUACUUCAAACACUAUUGCAGACAUCUAGCUUACCAGUCUGCUGUAUGUCGGCUGAUCGCACACAAGCCUUUUAUCAGGGGAGCAAUGUUCAAAGGGUUGGACUCCAGAGAUACUCAGAAUAACAGAAAAUACAAACAGCUGCUACCUCUAGUAUUAUUCAGAUUUUAUUUUCUUUUUAUUGAUUGUAAUGUGC